AAUUCCGCAAGAGGUGUUUCCGGAACCUUUUACUCAUAAACGAUCUUUGGUUGUACUCUUCUCCUUUUACCACAAGAUGGCGCUGAAACACAGACAAUGUUUAAAGCUUCAAUGAAAUGUGUUCGCCUUAAUAAAUUAUCCCACGCAGCAGCACAGUUGAUAUAUGAUGCUGGAUGUUUGUUUUAAGUGGGUCAGCAGGCAACAAAGAACAAUGAACUGUUUGUUUUCAGUUAAUUGUUAACUGUUCAUUUCAGGCUUGUGCUUGUACGGAACCCUUGUUCGUUGUGUUUGCGGUACCACUACGACAGCGUUCGUUGACGGACUGUACACAAUUCAACGUGUGGUGUAGCGUGAAAACGAAAACUGCUUUCGAAAAAUGUUCAUAGCAGUUAAAAACAUGAUUUUGUUACCUUACUAAAUUAAAUGUUGGCGUUUCUGUAAUCAACAAAAUAAAUAUUAGCGCACGAAGUUAACGGGUUUCCAAGAAGUAGCUAACGUGAAGGUGAAGAGGACUAGCCCCAUUUGACAUUCAUGUGAGAACCCUCAUGCUGAUUGGAAAGGUCUGCAGAUUUGUUGGAAGUGUCAGAUCUUGCGUUGUCCAACCCUUGGCUCGCCUCUUUACCUCCAGCAACAUGGCAAAGAGCAAGUUUGAGUAUGUCCGCAACUUUGAGACAGAUGACACUUGUUUACGAAACUGCUACAUAGUUGUGAGACUGGAUGGUCGAAACUUCCACAGGUUUGCAGAGCAGCACAAGUUCACAAAGCCGAAUGAUAACCGAGCCUUGGGCUUGAUGAGCAGGAGCGCCCGCUCUGUGAUGGAGGAACUAGAGGAUAUUGUCAUUGCUUAUGGUCAAAGUGAUGAGUUCAGCUUUGUUUUCAAGAGGAGCUCUACUUGGUUUAAGAGGAGAGCCAGUAAGCUCAUGACCCAUGUGGCCUCCCAGUUCUCCUCCUCCUAUGUGUUUUACUGGAAGGAGUUUUUCGGGGACCAGCCCCUCCUGUAUCCCCCAAGCUUUGAUGGACGUGUGAUCCUGUAUCCUAGCAACCGUAACCUCAGAGAUUACCUCAGCUGGAGGCAAGCAGAUUGUCACAUAAAUAAUUUGUACAACACAGUGUUUUGGGCAUUAGUACAGAAGGGAGGACUCAGCACAGCUCAGGCAGAGGAUCGCUUAAAGGGAACAUUAGCUGCAGAUAAAAAUGAGAUCCUAUUCUCGGAGUUUGACAUCAACUACAACAAUGAAUCUGACCUCCACAGGAAAGGCACCACUCUCAUCUGGCAAAAGCAAGAUGAAACUGUCACUAAACGCAUGAAGCUCCCAAAUGAAGAGGAGACGGACGUAGCUGUGACUCGCAGCAGGAAGAGGGUGCAGGCCUGCCACUGCGACAUUAUAGGAGACCAGUUCUGGGAGGAGCACCCAAACAUCCUGGAAGACGAUAACUGCUAACAGCUCCUCCUCCUGCUGCAGGAGGACAACUCUGAACUCACUCUGGUGCAUAAUGGUUGAAGUAGACCCAUGUAAGCAGUGACUUUAAAUGCUCAGCCACAGCUGGAUAUUAGCCCUGAAUCUUAGAAGCCCUGAAAGCCUUGAAAGAGCUUUUUCUGAGACUGGAGCCUUUGAUGAUUGACUUUGUACAAUUACUGUCUCACAGCCGAAAGAUAAUCUGACUUCCCUGUAUUACACUUCUGUCACAAUCCUCCCCUGAAAGUGAGAAAUUCUCUGUCUGUCUGUUUGUCAUGUUCAAAGGGAAGCAGAUCAUUUCAUAAUCUUUUGUAGCAGUGGGUACUGAGGACAUUCACAGCAGUUUGUAGUCUCACACUGACACAGACAUCUGCCCACUCUUCUGUGUCCUAGUCUGCUGCAUCUUCUAAGGUUGCUUUCCAAAAAUAUAUCCUCGUUUGAUAUCAUGACUGGCAUUUAGAAUACUACCUUUACUAGAUCUUUCAGCAUGUUUAACAUGAUUCCUCCUGGCCCACCGCUUUUUCUGCAGAGGGGUUUUCAUCUGUGCGUGGGCGUUUUGAGUCUCAACUAUCCUUUUUUUUUUUUUUUUUUUUCCAGGGAGCAGAGUUCCCAGCGUUUGAAUUUUAACGAUUCAGGAUGCCUGUUUGCAAAGUGCUCAAUAUCACUUAGAGUUUAUAGUAAGGAAGAGCACGUUGGAGGUAGAAAUGAGCAGAGUAAGGCAGAAACCAAUACCCUGGCAGUAACGAGCAGCCUUGUCUUGCAGCCAGGACACCAUUUAGAGAUGUGAAUGGAUUCAUUGGCCCGCACUGUCAUCAGUGCCAAGAAUACCUCACACACCCUGCGUACACUCUAUCCUUCUGACAUGUUCUCCGUGGCAUAUUUAUCAUCACACUUAUAAAUGACCGGCUCAGUAUGAAUGGCUGCUGGAAGCUUGAAGUGGAACUGUAUUUUGUUACUGUAGUAGGCUCGGUUACUGGCAGGUAUUAGAGUUGUAUUUUUGGUUCUGUGACCUUGUUAAAAGCAUGAAGCUACUGUACUUUAUGUAACCAGGAUUCUGCUCCUCUGUUAUCAUUUGGAAUCAAAUACAUUCUGAGUUAAAGAUUUCUUUUUUUUUUUUUUACAUAGCACUUUAAUUAAGUA